UGAAUGUGGUACAAACGCAAACGGUAGACUAGGACUGAACAUCACACGUAAUUCUAAGCCACUUAGGGUGAUUCCUUUGCAUGAUGAUGGUAAACUCUCUGUAGAGAAAUGCCACUUAUCUUCCGAAAUGACUGAGAGAAUGUGGUCCUGUCUCAGAUCCUUCAACUUACUGAACCAUCUCACCAUCUCAGACUCCUCUCUCAGUUUCCCUUCAUCUCCUUUUGAACUUCCAUUCGUCACAAAGCUAUCAGCUGAGAGAGUGACGUCACAAAGCUAUGAAGGUCUGCUCUCGUCGCUCCCUGGAUUGAGACAUAUCGAUAUCACUAUCGAUGAUGCAGAGAGAGACAUACCUCAGAUCACGGCUGGUCUUCGUCGGACCGGAGGACAGCAGUUCACGCACAUCACGAUUACAGCACCGUCAUUACUGCCAUCAGAGAAAAGGAGUGUAUCAAGAGAGACGAUGAGAGGACUCGGUCUACUGAUCAGAGAACAAACCAAGAACCUUCAGUGGCUUUGUCUGUCCAGAGUGAAGUGCACAGACGAGGAAGACUUGGUUGAAUUCGUCGAGACUUGCAGACAUGUGGAGACGAUGAAUCAUCUAAUGCUUCUUGAAUGUGGUACAAACGCAAACGGUAGACUAGGACUGAACAUCACAUGUAGUGUUAAGCCACUCAGGGUGAUUCCUUUGCAUGAUGAUGGUAAACUCUCUGUAGAGAAAUGCCACUUAUCUUCCGAAAUGACCGAGAGAAUGUGGUCCUGUCUCAGAUCCUUCAACUCACUGAACCACCUCACCAUCUCAGACUCCUCUCUCAGUUUCCCUUCAUCUCCUCUUGAGCUUCCAUUCGUCACAAAGCUAUCAGCUGAGAGAGUGACUUUAAAAAGCUAUGAAGGUCUGCUCUCGUCGCUCCCUGGCUUGAGACAUAUCAAUAUCACUAUCGAUGAUGCAGAGAGAGACAUACCUCAGAUCACGGCUGGUCUUCGUCGGACCGGAGGACAGCAGCUCACACACAUCAUCAUUACAGCACCGUCAACACUCCCAUCAGAGAAUAACAGGGUAUCAAGAGAGACGAUGAGAGGACUGGGUCUACUGAUCAGAGAACAAACCAAGAACCUUAAGUGGCUUUGUCUGUCCAGAGUGAAGUGCACAGACGAGGAAGACUUGGUUGAAUUCGUCGAGACUUGCAGACAUGUGGAGACGAUGAAUUAUCUAAUGUGA